AUGUCGAAGCUCUUUAUAGGCGGCCUGGCAUGGCAUACCGAAGAGACCACUCUUCGCCAGAAGUUUGAGGAAUUUGGUGCCGUUGAGGAAGCGGUGGUGGUCAAGGAUCGAGAUACUGGCCGUAGCCGUGGCUUUGGUUUUGUGCGGUACACCCAAGAGAACGAUGCCCAGAAUGCUAUAGCUGCCAUGAACAAUGUCGAGUUUGACGGUCGAACGAUUCGCGUAGACAAAGCAUCUGAUAACGGCCCUCGCGGAGGGUAUGGUGGUGGUCGAGGAGGAGGCCAGGGAUUUGGAGGUAGGGGAGGCUAUGCAGCGCCGAUGCCGUAUGGUCUUCCACAACAGCCUCCUGGCUAUCCAGUUGCUGCUCCUCAGAUGUAUGCGCCAGUGGCAUAUGGCAGGCCGUAUCCCCAACCUCAGCCAGCAUAUGGAAUGCCUCCCCAGGGAUAUGGUGUUCCGCCAUAUGGAUAUGCGGACCCUUCCCAGCAGCAAGGAGCUCCGAUGCCCCAGCAGCAUCAGCCUCCCGCUCCACCUCCUCAGGGCGGAAGGGGAUACUAA